GCCACUUCCAGGCUUCGUCAGCUUCUUCAUAGUUUUGAUGUCCUGAAUACUCCAAACUUUCUACAAACCAAGAACUAAUUCAUUUCUUACUUUGCUUAAACUCUUUGAAGAAAUUUUGUUACACUGAACUGAGGAAACGUGACUUUACUGAAAAAUGCGUUGUGCUUUGCUCGCAACGACUCUAUAGGAUAUGGAAGUUAGUGGAUGGCUAGUCGGUUGCAGCUAAUGUUGAAAGGGAAAUGGUUUUUAACGCCUCCCAUUCACAUCAAUCACACGAGGUUCAUGACACCCCUUAUGCAAUCUUGUUCAUUUUUACAUCAUGUACUAUUGGAGGUAAGAUUAAAGCCGUACAACUUAACAUCCAGUGCAUCAAAUAUAUAUUUUUCUGGAGAAGUUAGUAACCCAACACCUUUUUUGUUUCAGCUGUUGUUCGGCAGAUUAUGAAGGGUUGGCCUAUUCCUUAUACAGUCGUUUUGAUAGUUCUCGGACUUUGUUUUGGGGCAAUAUCAGGUGCAGUUCCAGAGUUACAGAAGUAAGUGAAGUAAACAUAUAUAAGCUUACAAGUUAAAAAUCGUAAACAGAAACUUUUUUUUUUGUGAGCAUGUGCAUUUUAUACUGAUUUCAGCAAGUUAUGGUGAGUUUACUUCCUAUUUAAAACGUGUAAGUUUGAGCUACUAAUCACACUAGUAGACAAGGUUACUGUGUUAUUACCGUGGCACAAGGCCUUUAGUACAAGGCCAGGGGCACCGACUAAAGAAAAUUUUGCGCACAUCAGUUUUUAGAAGGAUAUCUCACUUUUCCAACAUAGACUUUCAUUAAAGUUUGGAGUAAAUCAAGACGGUCUUUUGAUUGAUUGAUUGAUUGAAAAAAUGAUUGUUUGACUGACUAAAAUAAGAAAUGAGCAAAAUCAGGGCUCGAAAAAAACCUUGAAUUCCAGCGUGUCCUUUGGGCAAGCAGCUCUCCAACAUUUUGCUCGGCCGGAAGCUGACUUCUUACUCGUCUUAGUUAAUGAUUUAGUUAGAAGAUUACUUGCUUAGACCCUUGCUAAUUUGGCAAGUGAGCCUUAUGUUUUCCCUCCCAGCAAGAAAAUCGACUUGCCCCGGGCUACCGGACGGGACUUUUUUCCAGUCCUGAAAAUAAACGAUGUAAUGUUUUUUUAUUAUUAUUAUCAUCUCUCCAAUAGACAAUAAGUUUUAAGAGGAAAAUAUAUAUUUAUGUUUUAAUAUUAUAUUUUUACACAUAUUUUUUAUUGGUUUGUUCAAGGUACACAGCUGUGUCCAGCCAAGACCCUCAUCUGAUCCUAACAACCUUCUUGCCUGUUCUGCUGUUUGAAUCCGCCUUUGCCAUGGAUGUACAUAUUUUUUACAAGAUGUUCUGGCAAGUUGUAAUAUUGGCUGUGUUUGGUCUGGCUGUAGCUACAGCUCUCUCUGGUGUCAUGGCCAAAAUGGUCUUUGUGGAUUAUGGCUGGACCUGGUUUGAGGCCUUACUAUUUGGUUCAAUAGUUAGUGCUACAGAUCCUGUUGCAGUGGUCGCCCUGCUUAAUGACUUGGGUAGGUAACCAUGGUAACAGCAGGUUGAUGCAUCCCUCCCUAAAUAAUAUACUUGUGUACUGUGCGGCAUUAGAGGCAAAAUAAAGUAGUAUAUAUCAUACAGUAUGCAAAGUAACGACCUCGUUACUCUCUAAUGGCCCCUCUACGGUCACUGCUUUUGAAGGAGGGAAGAGGGCGGGGUCGGGGAGCGGGGUCGUUAUACAGUAGCACCGAUAUUUAGUCUCACGAAUGUGAUUUAUCAGAAAUGUGGCAUAAAACUCUGGGGACGCAUCAGUGAAUAACUUAUUUUAAUCGCUUUUAACCAAUUAAACAUGAGUUUUCUUGCACUGCACGUACGUUAUUCACGCUAUUGCUGUCCAUUUGAUAUGUGAUAACAGUCCUCCAGUUUGUCUCUCAGUCUUUUGUAUUCUUAUCAGUACUAUUAUUCAGAUCACUAUGAUUAAUUUAAAGCAGAUGGAAUCCAGUUUUUUCGCUUUUGUGGAGGCGCUUAGAAUCUCCGAAACAGUUCGGUUUCAAGGCAGUGGUCAUAUAUUAUCUAAACAGACGCUCUGAUUUCAAGUUAUAGAUUCUUAGCUCUUAUUCACUUGUUUUCUUGGUGCCUUUAGGAACAAGUAAGCAGUUGUCUACUAUCAUAGAGGGUGAAUCAUUACUGAACGAUGGUAUGGCCAUUGUACUGUACAAGAUAUUUUUCAACCUGGCAUUUUCCUCAAUGACUGGUAAGAUGAUAUGCAAUUCAUUCGAUAUUUCCCCAAUUUUGUCGAUGUUCUUUUAUAUUGUUGCAGUUUCCCUUUCUUCCAAAUGAUAAUUCUGACUGGAGAUAGAAGACAUAGCAUUGAAAGAGUCGUGACAUUGUAACACCAUUGCUUCAACUACUGUUUAUGAAACACUCCAACGUAACGACUCACCUAAACACAAACAAGUUUUCCUUGGUAGUAUAAAAGGCAAAAUAACACAUUUUGCUGUCUUGUAAAUGAAAAACGUAUAUUGUUUAUUUAGGCUACUAAAUGAUAGUUUAAACUCAAAAUCAGUCUUUUUUCUACCUUUAAUUAAAACACCUUUCAUUACUGAGAUAUCGUUCACCCGGACGAUCAAAUUCAACCUACUUUUGAAAUGACUCCCGGGUUCAAACCUUUCACAGCAUUACUGAGAUAAUCACAUGAUCCAGAGCAUCCGCUGUGCCAAUGACGAUGUUUUUCUUUUCUUUUAAACUGUUCAUGAACACAAUUUCUUUUUCUCGUUUCGUACUCAGCUACCGAAAUUGGAUUGUAUUUCCCGCGCGUCGCCCUUGGUGGAUUCUUCUUUGGUCUAGUGGCAGGAAGAGUUACUGUAUUUUGGCUCCAACACGUGUUUAACGAUGCCAUGGUAGAAAUCACCAUCACCUUAGCUAGCACCUACUUGACAUUCUACAUAGGAGAAGAGGUGUUAGGUAUAUCUGGUGUGAUCGCCGUGGUUAUGUUGGGGAUCCAGAUAAACGCACUGAAAACUAGCAUCAGUCCAGAAGUUGAAGUUUUCUUGCAUAGGUAAGUGUUUUGGGGGAAAGACUGCCUUCUCUUUUAAAAUCCGUUGAUUUCUCAUGAUCAUCCCAGUCGGUGCGGUUGCAAACAAUGACGUGAUUAAAAAGGGAUUGGUACUAGAUUUGGUUCUCCUUCUUUCGCCCUCAGCUAGCUCGUUUAUCGCGGAUCGCAAUAUGAAUGAAGGGCUACUUCAGUUGAAGAUUAACCCCAGGUAUUCACAAACUUGGAUUUAUUUGCACAUGACUAGAGAGAGAAAGAGUCGUAUCGUAGUUUCCAGGGUUCUCAAUAGAAGGCGGCACCCGGCGAUUGAUCGCUGCUUACUUUGGGAUUUAUAGCCGCUUACUUUGUGUCUAAGUCGCUUUUCUUUGCUUUGUUUUGACACGUCUCGCUUUGCUGAAGAGCCUCCUACUUUAUCAGUGAUCACCUCCUACUUAAAAAUCUAUUGAGAACCCUGAGUUUCCGUUAGUUUCGUCGAACGUAUUUUAUUCAAAUCAAAUUAAUUACGGGAUAAGUUAUAUUUUACAAUUUCAAUAUUAGUUGAAGCAACAAACAAGGUGAGACUUACAAUUUGUCUCCCUUUGCUUCGCUAGCCUUCUUUGUAUCUUGAUGACUGUGACAAUUCAAAAUAUUGUUAUAACAACGUAUAACAGAAUCCUUCUUUUAAAAUCAGAGACCCCUCACCUAUUCUUCCCGCUCGCUAAGAAGAGUGACAGAAGAGCUGAAAACGGCAAAUCAGUCUGCCCUCAGUUUAUUCUGGGCUAACGGCACAACUUAAUAUGAUUACCAUGUAGAUAUUUAAGACUUUUAGAUUUGACAACUCAUACAAUAAUUGACAGAAAGCCGUUUCUUAGCCUUUCUCUGAAGCGAUGGCUCUCUGUAACACUUUUUAGGCUGGGCUGGGUUGUUCAAAGCAAAGCAUAUGUGCAAAAUAUGAAUUCAGAUAUAAAAGCUUAAAAUGCAAAUUCAGUUUUAUUUUUUUGUCUACAAUUUGAUGACUGGAUGCUUUAAAUAGAAUAGAAAAAAUUAUCCGGGAAAAUGCUUCUGAACAAAAGAAAAAAAGGACGGGUUAAAAUUUAACCCUGGGUUAGCGCUAAUCGGCCCUGGAACUGAACUGGGACCUGGGCCAAGUUGUUCGAAGGCCGAUUAGCGCUUAACCCGGGAUUAAAUUUAACCCGUGUUUGUUUUUCUUGUGUUCAAAAGCAUUUUCUCGGAUAAUUUUCUCUGCUAUUUUUUAGAGCUUCCAAUCAUCAACUUGUAGACAAAAAGAAUUAAAACUGAAAUGCAUUUUAAGCUUUCAAAUCUAACUUCAAAUCUUGCUCUAACCCUGGGUUAUCUUAACCCAGCUUUGAACAACUCGGCCCUGGUUAAUAGCGGAGCUCUCGCGCGCGAAGCGCGCCAGCGGAGCACCAUGGGUAAGAAAAUUUGGUAAACUAUCCAUCCGAUAAAAUUUGGUUAUGACGUAGGGUACGCCCGCCCGCCCACCCGUACACACACUUCAUGUAAGCCGAUGUCAAGUGUCACACUUGUCAGGACCGUGAAAUAAAUAACAACGGAGACUAAUGCCGCUGGAAGAAAAACAUGAAAAUUAUAUAGCGGCGGUUAGAAAAUGAAGAAUGCUAGCGGCUACUAAUGUGAAAAAGCAGCGGCAGUGAAAAAAUAGAAUGAACAGGAACACAAACAUUUCCUCCAUAAAACGCGUAAAUAGGAAACUAAAAGAAGUUUCACGUUAGUCGUGUAAAACAACGGUAAGGAAAUGUACAAAAAAAAACUGCUGCACGUGCAGAGUUGUUUUUUUGCUAAUUAGAAAAAAAGUGUGCUGCACGUGCAAAGUUGUUUUUUUGCUAAUUAGAUCUAUUGUUGUCGUUUUUAGCGUUUUCGUUGCUUUCAACUUGUCUUUAGUAUUCAUCGAUUUUAUAUUUUCUUUGAGGAAUCCAUAAAUAUUAAAGAGAGCUUCGCUUUUAGCCCUGGCUAAAUCUAUAUAUUACAUCUUCAAUUGCAGAGAUCAUAAGGGAAUCAGCAUCACAGCGAUCAACCUGUUAAAAUACCGAUCCUGAGGGUGCGGUUACACGUAGGCUACCAUAUCGAUAUGGUGGUUUAGCUUUUUUCGCUCUUUGAUCUUAACGAUCAUGAUCCCCUCUUACUAGACAGGUCAUAAUCGUAACGGUUUUGUGUGGAAACCAACCUUUACUGACCAGCAGAAUGAAAGCUAUAAUUCAGAAGCAAACAAAAUCUGCUCUGAAACCUCCUUCUACUCGCUCUUAAUCUCGUACUCGUAGUCUGAUGUAGAGGUCCCCCGGCUCUGUUUUUAAGUUUUUGAUGUUUCAGCCAAUUAGAGCCUGCAAUUAAACUGAUGCCCAGACUUUUUCCAUUUGUGCUCAGGUUUUGGGAAAUGCUGGCGUACUUAGCCAACACUCUAAUCUUCAUCAUGGUCGGUGUGGUCAUAAUGGAGAAAGCCCUCAACAGUCUGAACGAAUAUGAUCUGUUUCUUCUAGUGGUGGAUUAUUUCGGUGUUACUGUCAUAAGGUGAGUGUACAAACACAACUUAAAAAACAAAGAGUGCCUUUCGCAAUUUGAAAUAACUUUCUCGUUAUUUUUUUUAAAAAUAUUGUCGCAAUUUGUUAUAAAAUUGCACCAUAAGUAUUAUUAAAAAUUCCGACUUUACACAACCAUUUAAUAGGAAGAUAUUAUUGAAAUUGUCUUUAAAUAAGAACUGCUUUACGGUAUGAAAGAAUUGAUUUUGUAGUUUACAUGCAGAAUGAAGACUAGACUGUAAUCCCCUACAACUGUACGGAACAGUACACCUGAAGCACAUUCGACUGAUUGUGAUCUAGCCUGAAUUUCAGACAAUACCUUCUAGUCGCAUAUUCUCUGAGGAAGUAUGGGACUCGCAGCGAUUGUCUGUAAUUCAGGCUAAUUGUGAUCCCAAUGAGAAAGAUCUAAGAACGUAUGGAUUUGUUGAUUUAAAAUCCCGGUGGAAAAGAUAUGAGGUGAUUUCUUGGUAUAUUAUCAAUUUCGAUCUUGAUCAAUCAAACCCACUCUUAAUUGUUCCAUGAUUUGUUUCUAGGGGUCUUGUUAUGAUGACAUUCAGUCCCAUUCUCAUGCGGAUCGGAUACGGCCUUUCAUGGCAGAAUGCUGUAGUGGCAGCCUGGGGUGGACUAAGAGGAGCUGUGGGACUGGCUCUAGCUCUGCAGGUGUAUAUUGACCAUCCUCUGAUUGGAGGAAAGGUAAGACAUGGCACUAAUUUCAACACUCCUGCAGGGCUCGAGAAAAGUCCCCAUACUAGUGUAUUUACGUAUCACUUACGAGUACGAAGUACAUGCUUUAACAGUACGUUUCCGACGAUCGUUUCUUUUUCUACACUGGAAAUAUGUUUAUUCUACAGACAGAAAGCCAUAUGAAAAAGGUAAAUGAAAAUUCACCUCUCUCGAGAGCUCCGAAAUAAAAGCCGCGCUAAUCUCGCGUGAAUUUAAGCGCAGUAAAGACGUUUUAUGUUAUCAGGAACAACCUCAGUAAAGUCGACUGAAUCAAAAGGAACUUUUAGCAGUAUUCACCUUUUCCCUUAGACUUGCCUACAAGUCGAGCUCAAAUUUUUUCACGAGCGCGAAGCGCGAGUGGUAGAUUUUUUAUGUUUUCUGCGGCAAAAGCGAGCGAGAGAGCAAGAACUCGACUACCGGAACCGGAAAUGAGAAGCAAAGGACUUUGAGAAAGUUUACGUUUCCCUUAUCCUUACGUCUUGUGAUAGUGCCUGCUGUUAACACAAAAGUCCAAACGAUUCCAUUUCGGUUGCUUGAUUGCCAGCAUUCGCAUUGUUCAUGUCUGUUAUUCUGUUCAGGUUUUAGCCCACACAGCUGCCAUUGUCAUGUUUACCCUCCUCGUCAACGCCACAACGAUGAAAAAGCUACUCGACAAACUCGGGAUGAGUGAAAUUUCAGACUCGAAGAAGAUCGCCAUGGCUAAUGCCGUGAGGCAGGUACAAGAGAGUAAUCUGCGCACACUUACCAUGCUGAAAGCAGACCGCUUCCUGGCUGACGCUGACUGGGAUAUGGCGGAACGAGAUUGCGAAAUGGGUAACCCUUACAUGGAAAUAGACGACGGGGAGGUAAUUCGCCAUAUUAAAAACGAGAGGGAAACUGGGCCGAGUUGACUAUUUCAAAGACUUCUGGGACUGUUACUAGGAAUAAGGAAAAAUAUCGGGCCUAUAGCUGACCGGUGCGUCCCAAGUAACUAUCCCAGAAACGAUUGUGAGACGCAUUUUGGGUCCUGGGGCCCGUUUCUCGAAAGUCACGGUAACUUUUCGGGUCCGAAAUCAAAUAUUCAAAUCGAAAUGUAAAGAAUAAGAGCGAGGGUCUUGGCCAGAAAACUACUCCAUUUUGUUUCAUUAACUGAUAGUUUUAUCAUGUUAGAUGCAAAACUGUUGAAACCUCUAUCUUGCACGUAAAACAUAACAGCUUUACGGGCCCGUUAAUUAUCGGGACUUUCGAGAAACGAGUCCCAGUUCCUCUCUCGUUUCCAAGUGGCAAAUUAGCAGUCAUUGAAUUCAGGUAUGAUUUGAAGAAUUUUUCCAGAUCGACGGAAUUUAACACCCUUCGAAAAUGAAUAAUAAUCCACCUCACGCAAAACCAAGAAACCGAGGAAGAUGAAAUAGCACUAUUGAUCAAGUCCCGAUUGCACUGAUUGAUUCAGUGAAUCAAUCAGUGCAAUUCUGCUUUUUUUUUUUUUUUUUUUUCGAUUUUUUGUUAAUCCAGCGGAUAAUGAUUCAUUUCGGGUGAAUAGUAUCUAACUGUCAAUCAUCCAUCGCCAAAAUAAUUUAGGUUGUUGAGAUUAGAGUGAUUUUACUUAACCCAUGAAAUAUGUAGUAGAAUGCUAUGCACUAUUAUGCAGUAAUUCUUUUGUCUUCUUUUGUUUAUUUAUAGCUAUCUCGCACUAAUUGUUAUAAUCAGCUUCACGGGUCAAGUAAAAUCACUCUAAAGUAAUAUGUAUUUGGUGUUAGGCUACUGUUCCUUGCUUCAUUUUUAAAAUGUUUACUGCCAUUGAUAAAGAAAAGCAGCUUUGAACGGUUGGAGCACCUCUUGCCUGCCAUGUUUAUGUCCUUAAUAGAAACUCAGUUACAUGUAGAAUUUCAGGUCGUCCGUUGGAUUGAUCAUCCGAAAGUUAAUAAAUUGAUAGCCUUUGGCUACCUUUAGGUGCCAAACGAGGAAAGACAUUAGCUUUGCAAUUGCAUGUUCCAUUUUUGUACAUUUCUGUGCUCUUCCAGCCGACAACAAAGAUCAAAAGGGAGCUUUCUUGGCGGUGACAUGAACGCACAGCGGUUAAUUCUGUUUCAUCUCUGUGGACGUUCCUUAGUUACAAAACCUCUCCACAGAGCUGUUACGAGAGAAAAAUUAUAAGACCUUUCCUUUAGCUGGCUUACUAUCACAGGGGAAUUAGUUUCCUUGUAUCGACUCAUAUUGUGGAGGGCUUUUCUUUCUUGUGGAACACGUACCCUAUGCUAAUAGCACACACUCCUGUACUUUUGUUCUUAGCACGCGGAAGAGACUCCUUUGCUAGUUCGCCUUAGCACUUGUCCAAACUGUGAAAGCAGCGUUCCAAACGAACCAUCGCCCAAAGAAUUCGCCGAAAUGGCAAACGAUGGUAGAGUGCGAUUGAUAAAAGCAUUGAAAGUCAGCUAUUGGAAGCAGUUUGAACAUGGUAUGCUGUCUCGAGAGGCAGUGCAGGCAUUGAUCAAUCUGGCAGAUACUGCAAUGGAUGAAGAAGAAAGGUACAACUGAAUAAAGAGUUAUGACAGUCAACUUUCUCUUGACGACUUGUGAUAUAAGAGUGAGACCUCUUUGAAACGGAUACCUAAAGCUAAUCCAGCCGUUCUCGAAUAAUUUUCUUUUACUCCCUAUAAAGUUUAAACCCGUCCAAGUUUAAGACAGACACUUAGCUCAGGCCCUGGCAAGUCUCCAUUUUGAUUUCGGCAACAGGGUGUUUGAAAAAUCAUGUGUGAUCACAAAUGAAAAAGUAGUUGAGGAGGCUUUUCAGCUAGAAACAGUUUAACCUGUUAAAAAAUGGAUGUGAAACAAACUUAACAAUAGACCCCUCCCGUAUUCCUCUCAGUGAGCUCACACAAUGAAAGCAGCUCGUGGCCUGGUUGGCCAAUCUUAUAAAAGUCACCCCCAACGAGUCGAGUCGAGUCGAAUUUUUGUUCACGGGAAUACGAAAAUGGUUUAUUGUUCAGUAUUUCAAUAGUAUCUACAGUUCUUUCAAUAAAGACGACGCAAAAUCUUAGCCCGUUUUCCACUGAUAGUCGCCAAAAGGAGAACUUCACGUUAUCCACCGUAAAGUGGGCACCGUGUAGUUAUGUCAGCUUGACAACAAAGCCUCCGGAAAUUUUUUGUAUUGCUUGUUUUUCUCGGAGUGAUAAUGCUUUUGUUGUUGACAGUUUUAUUGAAGUGGAUGACUUACAGCCCUAUUGGAGGGUACCACCAUCUCUACAAAAGCUGGUACGUGUCUUUCUUCGUAGUAGUUUAAUGAUUUUGAGUUCUACUAACAAUGAAUUUUGUUUUCAUUUCUUAUCACUCUGUACGCUUUGAAGAUUCAUCAGUAAGGCUACUUGGUACGGAGCUUCAAAGUUUAUAAUAUUUACUGCUGUGCUGUGAUAAUUAAAGCCAAAGAAAAACACAUUUCAAAUGAAUCAAUGUUGCAAAUUAAAACAGCAUAACUUCGGGUAUAUAGGUAAGGCUAUUGGCUGAUAUUUACUGUUAAAACAAAAAAGGGCAAAAAAAAAAAAACACGAUUCAAAGAAAAAAAAACGGUGAAGAUUAAAACAGCAACUUCGGGUAUAAGCAUCGGGUUUUUGGCAGCAUUUUGAAACAGAUCGGUCGAGUCUCGGAAAGUUCUGAUCUUGGGCUAGUGAUGUUGAUGAUAAUGAUGAUGAUAACGGCGAUGGUGAUGAUAAUAAUGAUGAUGGUAAUAAUCAUGAUAAAAUGACGUUGAAAAAGGUGAUGAUGACAACGUUGAUGAUAACGGUUGUACUGAUGGCGACGAUGAUGACGUGUCUUAACUCUAUAAUUUCUUUUUUGCAUUAGAAAGACAAACUGGAGCAAAUGAAACACCACAAACCGGCUGAACGGGUACCCACGCCGAAUAACAAGAUUCUUUCCUUCAUGUACAGCGUGGCUGUACACGUAUCGUUUGACAUCGUUAUGAAUACCUUGAUCAUAAUCAACAUGGUGCCUAUCAUUCUGGAACUGGCCUCAGACGACGAUGCUCCUUACAUGAACACUUUGAACGUCAUCAAUUAUGUCUACUGUACCAUAUACGUCGGUGAAGCGGCCUGGAAGGUAUGUGUUGUCUAAAAAGGUACCUUAUCUAAAUUCUUUUUUAGGUGUGUAGCUGUCUUUGAAUUUGAAAGCUACCUUGUCUAAAUUGUUUUGUAGGUGUCUGGCUGUCUUUUAAUUUAAGGUUUGAGUUGGAAGUUACAUGACUACUAAAAAAAUAUGAAAAUGAAUUGAUACUUCGUAAGUAAACAUAAAUAUGUUUUAUCUCAUUUGCUAAUUAUACCUCAGUCAAAUAUCAUAACCUGUACUAAAGGUGCAGUGACGUCUACAGAUAAAAUGCAUGUAACUGUGAAUAUUUUAGUACUGAAAUAUACGUUUUGUUACAAAUCCUAAACGAAUAUAUUGUUUUUACAGAUUUUGGCUUUUCGUCGUUACUACUUCAAAGACUACUGGAACCUUCUCGACCUGUUUAUAGUUAUAUUGUCCCUUAUCGAUAUCAUUAUUGACCAGGCAGUCGAAGAAGGCACAGGGAAUUUUUCUCCAUCAAUCCUUAGAGUAGCCAAAGUUUUCAGAGUACUCAGAAUGGGCCGUCUUUUGAGGCUCUUCAAGGUAGGCCAUCUCAUCUAUUACUGACAAGUAACUUGUCAGUUGUUUCCCCAUUAUCUAUAGUUGUUUUCAACUUAAGUUUUCCUUGGCUCGUCUAAAAAGAAAACGCUUUCGGUCAGCUGUCUAAAUUUGUCUUCUCGAUAGCUACGAUCAUUGCGUGUGCGCGAACACAUUGAAUCACGUGAUUGAAUUAUUAGAAUGGUUUUUGAUAACGUAAAGAAUGCCAACAAACCGCGAAAAGUUGAGUUUCAUGAACCAUGUCAUAAAAGACGAUUACAUGUAUUUACAUGUCGAUUUGAAUUUUGAAACAAACCUUCACAUUGUUUUGUUCGAUUUCUGUUUUGGUAUCAGGAACAAUUCCAAUAAUAUAAACUGUCACUGCGUUAAGAAACCAUUUACCUCAAAGAAAAAUGAGAGCAUUUUCAAAUCUACGAUCAGUCGCCCCAUGUAAGGGAGGCAAUACUGUGUUGAAUUCUGAAUUCCAUGCCAUGGGUUCCUGAUUCUCAGUCAGUGGAACUUGGAUUCCGAAUUCAAAUCGUUAGCGGGAUAGCGUGGAUUUCUUGAGCUGUUUUCCAGAUUUCAACGCCCAGAAUUCCGGAUUCCACAACUCAAAAUUUCCCGGAUUCCAGAUUCCACAAGCAAAAAUAUCGUGGAUUCCGGAAUCCCAAUUCCCUUAAACGGGGCAAGAUCAGAGAACGCAUUGAGGUUUCUUGAGGGAGAUUCAAUUCACGAACUUUAGAAACGACUCGACCGGGCGUACAACUCAUUUAGCAUUUUAUUUUCCCUACAGGCAGUUCUUCCAAAACUGAUAGACUCUGUGAAUAACAUUAUCAACCGUCAGUUGAGCUUUGGAUAUGAUGUUGGUAAGGGAUACAUUAUCGCCGAGGAAGAAAUCAUCAAGUUGAUAGAUCACAUGGUGGUGGAUAAAAGAAUCGCAAAGGAUUUAAAACAAAGAUCAGAACAGAACCGUUUGAAUGUCGUGAAAAGCCUGGGUAAGCAGGCGCGCUUGCAGCGUUAUUCUUCCCUAUCUAGGUUUACGUUUUUGACCUCGGUUACCAGAAGAUCUUAGUUCAGGCUGGAAGAAGAGUAAGAAAGAGGAUAGGGGAGGGUAAAAAGGAGAGAUGAUAACUCCUUUCUCCGUUUACUGUUUCGCGCGUUUAAUCCUUUUUGUGUUUGUGAUAAUUCUGAAGGCCAUGUAGCAUUUCGAUGGCAAUAAAAAAGAGCAUCCUAUAGCGUUUUCUUCCCUAGAUGUAAGCGAGUAGGCGCUCCAUUAACAAUAAUUUGAAGUGAACUAAAUUACCAUUUGUCCCCCCGCCCCAAAUCCCCUUAAUUGCUGACCAAAACACUACGCUGGAUUGACUUUUUCGUGAUGAUUUACCUGCAAAAAAAACUUGCGUUGACAGUUCCGCUGGUCAACUGUGAUAACUGUAAUAUCAAUACACAAAAAUCGGUCGCACAAGGUGUAACAUUACUUUUGUCAGUAGACUGCGAGCAGUUUCUCUUUUUCUUCCAUAUUAGUGAGGGGAGUGCACGCGCGCGCGAGCCGUGUUUCGUUCGACAGACUAAAAAAACAGAGACUUCUCAUAGUCUUUUUUGUCAGUGUUUAAAGUAUACGACUCAAUAAGAAAGACCUCAGGUACUAGGUUCAUCUCACAUAAAAGAGAGAACAAAUCCAUAGUGUCUUCUAAACUUACAUUUUUCUAUUCCCCUUUAAUUUCAGUUUCCUAACAAACAUUUAUUUUUGUUGGAACUCUUUCAGGCAUGCUGCAACGUGAACAUCCAGGAAUUGCAAUCUCAGUAAAAACCCGCCAAGCGAUUCGUACCAUUUUGAACAAUGCCCGUGACGUUAUUCACGAGCUCAAAGGAGGCGGACUAUUGGAUGAGGCUGAAGCAGCAAAACUUGAAUCGGUAAUCAAGUUUUAAACCUAUUAUAUCUUUGUUUCUGGUUUGUUAGUGAGACUUUCUGGCAUCUGAUCAUCGUCAAUCUUACCCUAUCCUGCUCAGCUCCAGCAGGUUGCCUCAGUGUCUGUCGUUUUAAGCCGCGGCUGUUCAAAUGCUGUAUAACGCUGUCCAACGGAUAAAUCACUGCUCAGAGGAUAGAUAUUCGUAAAACCAAUAGUGUUUUUCAGUAGAUAGAGAUUUAUCCCCAUUGGAUAGAGUUACAGCGUGCAAAGAAAGUCGUGCUCGAUGUCCCAGGACUAGUGGAUUUUGCUAUCGACCCGGCCAGCUGGUGAAUUCUGUUCUUAACUUGCCCGACGAGCAAACGAUUUUUUUAGAGAACUCACUUGCAGAAGAAAUGUAAUCAAUCCUGAUCACCAAUAAUUUUUUCGUCGGGCUAUUUAAAAUGAUUCUUGGGCUAAUAUAUGCUAGCUGAAGCUUGAAUUGCCCGAAUGUCAAAUUGUAAAACUGACUUUCUUAAUUUGAACCCUGGACAACUAGGGCCUGUUUAAGCUCUUUAGUUAGACACUGAUCUUCGUCGGAGUCUGUAUCCCGUUGAUUAGACUUGAUUAGCCAUUGACACAGUGCAAAAGCUGCACAAAUAAGUAAAGAAACUUAAGUGAUUCUCGAUCUUCGACUUACAGAUCGUCGAAGUGAAGAUGAAGCGACAACUGAGUGCUCCAGCCUCCAUUCAACCUCAGAAGCCCUUGGAAUUGCUGAGUAACGUGGUGUGGCUAGACGGAAUGGCAUCAGAAGCGGUAGACUUCAUCACUUCAGCUGCUCGUAUAAAGCUGUUUGAAGCCGGUGAUACUAUAACAAGGCAGGGCGAAGAAGUGACGGGAAUAUACUUAAUAGUUUCUGGAAUGGUGAAGGUACUAGCCACUCCCUGUAUGCUAUACCAACUAAAUUUUGGGCAUGUCACUUGAAUAUCCCUGUUUUCAGCGAUUUCUGUCGCUGUGAACACUUUAUCGAGACAGAAAACUGCGCAUGAAAAGUGAAGACUCUGGCAACCAGGGGUAGAAAACGUGGUUGUGAAAUGUCUCUAUCAGCCCAUAAGAAAUAUUCUUAUGUUCAACCAAGAUACAACCAACCACUAAACAGAAACUGGUACAAAUGGCGUUUGUUGUUCAUUCUUCAUUACAGAUGAUAGGCGUUUCAGUAGCAAGAAAGAGCUACAUGGAUGGCCAGGAACCGGAAGUAGGAGAGAUGAUAGUAACUACUGAUUACAUUUCUGCCGGUAACCUGAUUGGUGAGAUGGGCCUGCUAACCUCAACUAGAAGAAACUCCUCCUGCACUUGCGAGUCUUCUGUUCAGGUAUGAAAUCAUUCUGUUAUUCUUGUCUCCUGCUUAAGGCCAUGUUCAUGAAAAGCUAUCCCGUACAGCAUGAACACCUAUCCGAUAUGUUACUCUCCACUUUAGGGGAGAUCGGCAUGGAACAGCUUCGCUUCGUUUCAGAAAUCGCGCUGAAAUCACUGUUCUUAUACAGUGGAGCCUCUCCUUUGGCACACCUCUGCUCAAGGGACACCUCCUCCAUUCUGGGACACAAAAUAUGGUCCCGGAAAAAUGUUCAGUUACUCUUCGUAUUUGUUACCUCUAUUGAAUGGACACCUCUAUUCAGGGGAAAGGGACACUUUUUGUGGGUCCUGAAACCCAGGUGUAACAUCCAUUAAGGGGACACCUCAGCAUUUAAAAAGUGACUGACCACAAAGUUUAAGUGUUUAAGUGUACACUUGUCACAUUGGCGACAGCAGUUCAAAACAUGAAGUAUCUCACGACGUAAAUCGACGUACCGCACUUGUGGGAAUUCAACACACAACAUCGCAGACAUAAUUUAAUCAUGAUUGUAGCACGGGGAUAGUGCCCUGGAACCAAGUGAGUAUUAAACGGUGAUUUUGCGUAAGGCUUUGACUAAACCUAACUACCAGAAAUCGGUAACUUUCCUAUUUUCGUCAGGAGCAUCAAUAGGGUUUUUUCAUUUAGGCCUUUUUCAUCACAAAAGAAGACAUGAUAGAGGCUACGACUCGUUACCCUGAUCUGGUGGACCGCUUGUGGAGAGUCCUCGGUAUCAGAUUAGCUGUUCCUCUUCUUCUGGAGGUGCCCACCUAUUACAACUGGUCGAGAGAUAAAAUCCGUGUGAUGUGCGUGCGAUCUUAUAUUGCGUCUAUUCCCAAAGUUCCCAAUCCGGUUUUCAAAAUCAAUGAACAGAUGAAAGAGGUACGUUGGAACUGAUAGGCAACUAAAUGCACGUUUCCUUAGCUAAUGGAAAGAAUGAACAUUACUAAGGUAAAUGGGUGUAUUAUUGAUUUGAGGCUAAUAUUAUAUUGUGAUUGAUAAAAGUUGUACUUUUUGUAGUAGUUUGCGGUUGGAUUGUGAUAUGCCUCACAUACAUGAGGAAGAGGCUGAACCCUUGUAUGAGCCUCUGGUCAUAGUACAAGGGUAUAAAUAAUAUUGGAAGAAUGGUGAAAAAACAAAACAGCGCGUUUUGUUAAGAUUAAUGUCAUCGUAUUCCACGUCUCUAUGUUGGUCUUUCAUUUUUUUUUUUUAUCUUUGUAGGCUAUUCUUAUUCAAGGAAAGGUUACGGAUAUGGACACCAGAGAAAUUUAUGAAGGACCUUGCGUACUACCUAGGGCUCACAAAAGUUUUAGAUUGCAUUUUGACGCGGAAGAACCGAAGAUUUUAGUUGUUUCGCGUUCCCAUGAGAGUGCAAUGCCUGAUGACCCAGAAGAUAAUCCCUCAGUGCUGGAUAUUGUAGGUAGGAAAUUUGUAGUUAUAUAAUGCCCUUGCACGAAUAUCUCUUUCUCCCCUGGCCUGGUCCUCUCCUGGGGGCGCUUUGGAGGCGGGGCGAAAAAGGAGAGGGGCUCCUCCCCCUCUUCCCUCCCUCACCCCCUUACCCGCGGAAGCUUCCGAGCCCCGGGAGAGCUUGCUCGAAGGCUAGUCUCUUUGGAAGAUAAUGAGUGAUGAGUUUGACAGAGGAUGACAACCGGCCGAGAGAAAAUGAAUUUCAAGGAUAACCGUGAAAUCUUUCAGAAAAUCUUUUAGCCGAUACAGGGGUAAAAAGGGUAGGAAAGGUAAUCCCUGGUAGGUCCUUUUUGGUUUAAGUCAAAAACCGUUGAAGGGUCUGAUUUUUGUAUUCGAAGCUCACUUGAUAGCUUGAUUAGAGGAUUAUCACGGUAUUAUUUCAAUUUUCCUGUUCCAUUUUGAUAAGGAAUUCACUCAAGAGGACGUGACGGAUUUGAAAUAAGAGAGCGUGCUUAUUCCGAUUCUGGUACAGAGGCAACUUUUAGAGGAAAACGAAGAGGCACGAAAACAUCUAGCCGAGUGAGGAUGAGCUUUGACGAAAGCUACAAAAAGCCUGCGCUCGACCCACUACCUGACAGGUUACAGGGUAGAAAGAUUGUGGUGUCACCAAAAGUUGAAGAUGAUAAAGGU